UAAACCGGCAGGCGCUGGGAACUAGCGACCCCAUGCUUCGGUGCUAGGACCCGACGGAACCUGUCCUCAAGUAAUCCGGCGGUCACUGGGACCCAGAGGAUCAUUCCCUCCAGUUGAGCGAAGGGCGCUGGGACCCGGCGCUGCCCCGCUCCACCUGCCGGUUGGACGCCGCCGAGUUGGUGCGCGGCAGACAAUGGGCGCCGCCGGGCUGGUGGGACUGGCGAUGUUGGUGCUGUUGGCGAGCGGCGGGGUGGCCGAAGUGGCUUUCCGCUGCCCGCCCUGCAGCAGCGAGCAGCUGGCGAGCUGCACGGAGCCGGCCGGCUGCAGUGAAACGGUGCGGGAGCCGGGCUGCGGCUGUUGCUGGAGCUGCGCCCGCACCCUGGGAGAGGCGUGUGGGGUCUACACUCCGCGCUGCGGCGCUGGGCUCCGCUGCUACCCCCGCAGCGACACCGAAUUCCCGCUCCAAGCUCUCGUCCAAGGGCGCGGGCUGUGCGCCAAGCGCAGGGAUCUGGAAUACAAUCGCUCCCGGGACGCAGGUGCUGAGACCCGUGACGUCUGGCCAAGCUCCGACAUCAGCGACAAUCACCUCAACUAUCCGAACGUCAGCGUGGUAGGCCGCAAGCCCAGCCGCAGCGGCCUGAAGACCACGGCGGUCAUCCGGGAGCGCAACAACGCCCAGUGGCGAUCUAUGGACCGAGGGAACAAAGGCAGUGAGGAGCCUCGGAGGGUGCGGCCCCAACUGACAACAUGUCAACUGGAGCUGGACCAGGUGUUAGAGAGGAUCGCGUCUCUACGCUUGCCGGAUGAACGCGGCCCCCUGGAGCAUCUGUACGCUCUUUACAUCCCGAAUUGUGACCGUCAUGGACUCUACAAACUGAAGCAGUGUAAGACAUCGCUGAACGGACAGCGGGGUGAGUGCUGGUGUGUGAACCCUCAUACAGGGAAGGUGAUCCCGGGAUCGCCCACGGUCCGCGGAGACCCCGAGUGCCGUCGCUGCUGCUUGUUACCAGAGAACGACACCGAUCUCCAGCUCCCACACACUACCUGAGGACUGACCACUGUGCCUGGC